UAAUCAUUAAAUUUGACUUUCAGAUGUUUCUCAGGUCAAAUCGAAGCACUGAUGGUCAUUCCUAUAUGGAGUAUAGAGCCGAUAAGAAUGUCAACUUAAUUUUCUCCAGUGGUGUUACUGAAGUGAAUGCAAUCAAUGGCCGUUGGGCUCAUGUUUCGGCUAUUACUUGGCAGUUACCUGUGACUGGUCAAAUCACCUUUGGUUCCAAUAUUUUAAAUGGUCUGAGUCGUCAGCUUCAUAUUGUAUCAGUUAGCAGUAACCACAAUGUUAACAUGACUAUUUUCGACGCACAGAUGCAAUUGCGAUAUGGAGAUAUUACCGUACAGAUAACAUCAGAUUGUCGUUUUCUGAGAAUAACAUCAACACUGUAUAUGGUUAAUGUAAAAACUACUGUAUUGCCUUUUGAAAUUACGAUUUUGGACCAGGAAAUGAUUGUGCGAUGUGAAAAUGAACGAGCAGUUAUACAAUUGCUCCCCAAUUCGUCGAAUAUCAUCAUCAGCACAGAUCAAUAUUCCAGAGUGGUCAUUGAUCGCGGAAGAGAAGCGGUCGUCCUAGGAGGUCAAGAAGUACGUCCUGCUGGUAAUAUAAAUCUUUUAUCAAUGCAGUUAAAAAUUUUACUGGAAUCUGGCAAUAUCAGCUCCAUUCAUGCAUCCACAAAUCGUUCACAAAUUACUAUGCAGACUACCUCAACAAGUAUGACUUCAACAGCUGCGCAGCAUGCCGUGGAUAUUAUCGGUGGAAGAAUAAGUUUACAAGUUUUCACGGGCAACGUUUCAAUGCAUAUCGUUGCAAACACUCAUUUAGAAUCAUUGCCAACCAUGUUAACUCCGUUUCUAACUUCUCAAGAUCAUUUUCAAGAUAUCAUAGUGGAUAAUUUCAACUAUAAUUUCCCCGCGGAUGAACUUAAUAAUAGCAGUGAUAAUACGGUAUCAGCCACACAAGUACCACUUACGAUGGCUGUCCAUUCAGUUUCAGAUGAAAAUAGUGAUUUUCAAGCUGGGGUUGCUACAGCAACUGAUCGCCAUAUUUAUGAAAGUAUUACCGAAUCAGCUUUUACGAUCCCUUUGCUUCCUCUUUUAACACUGUCAACCACAAAGCAUACCGACACAGUUUCACUUGUAUUUCCUGAACAAUCAUCAUCGACCGUUUUAACCAGCAAGACAACUUCAAUGCCUUUAACUUCUAGCGGAAGUACAGCUCUAUCGUAUUUUGAUAAUACUUCACUCAUCAGUUUUAUUACUGGAGCUACAAAAAUGGAACAAGUUAGCACCUCAAUGAAUGUGCCUAGUUGGCCAAAAGUUGGAGAAACAACGGCAGCAUCAAUUGUUUCAUUAAAUACGUCAACAGUGGCUUCUUCAGCCACAAUGAAGACCAAUUCUUCAUUUACGCUAACAUCCGUGCCUUCGAGUAUGUUAUCCAGUUCACCAGCUACUCUGCUUUCAGCCAUUUCGCUUAUUCCGGUUGAAACAUUGACCACCAGCCGUAGCAGUAUGCCGGUCAUUUCUCGCAUCCCGCAAUCAUUUAUUAGCACUUCCACAACAAGUAGCUUUGGUAAUGUUAAUGAGGUUGUGGUUUCUGACAAAGAAUAUCCUGAUGAUGUAAAUCGUGAGUAUGUUCAAACCGAUUUUAUCGAAUUUAGUUGGGAUAAUGUUGCAGAAAGCAGUAUACCUAUUACAACGACUGCCAUCGUAAUUGUCACCACGGUGCACACAGAUGCAGGACUAAGUCUUGCACAGCAAAAAAUGCGAAGUACUAAGUGUAUUGAGAUAGAAUCAUCAGAAAGGCAGAAUACCCCACUGUUUACCAAUGAACCAGCAGUAAAGGCCACAUCAGAAGCGACAGUAAAACCGAUUAUUGUGAAAACAAAUCGUUCAAUCGGUUCAGCAUGGACUCCAUUUGCUUCUCUACCAUUUGAAUUCCCACCAACUGUUCAUUACCCGUCCACUGUUUCAGUUCGAAAGGGCAGUUUCAUCCUACAAAAUAACGGAGCAAAGAGUGAAAUGACUUUUGACGCAAAUGAAAUUCCAAACAAUAAAGAAUGGAAUAAAAGUACUUUAAUUGUCCCUGCUGAUCCAAUGAUCAAUUUUUUGAAAGAAAUUUUCGGUAAAAUUGUGCAACAUGGCUCUCCAAGAAAAGAAGAUCAAAAUAGCCAUGAAAAUCCAGGGACUGAAUUCGAACAGCAGCAAAAUUUCUUUCCCAGUAGCAAAUUCAAACGUGCAUUAUCUAGCUUCGAAAAUGAAGAAAUCUACGAGCUUCAGUUGAAAAUCCCACUUGAUAUCAAUUUAACGGCCGCGGAUUUGCAUCGUCAACUGUUAAAAGUAUUGAAAAAAUUUGUGCUUUUCACUAGUUUGCAUGAAGGACGCUUACCAAUCAGCGAAGAUGCAAUACGGAUUAAGAUAACAAAUAUGGAACGAAACGGUGAAUACCUGAAAGUACUUUACUCAGUAUCUGUUAACGCAAAGGUAACUCCGUACACAAGUGGUUGUAGUGCUGUGAUAAAUGAAGCAUCCAAUUGCACCGGAAAUCUUGAAUUCAGUAGUGCUGACUUAAUAUUCAUCAUAAUUGGUUUCCUGAUUCUUUUAUUUUCUACCGGUGCUUUAUUGGUUUGCCACAAGCAGUGUCACAAGCUUGCGGAUCUUUCCGUAAUCAGUUUGCUCAUGGGGUGUUUCCUGAAACUGUUUCCGAUAAUACUGGAGUAGCAGUCAUUAUGAAGCACUGAUAUGAAGCACACAUGAAGACAUGAAGCACUGACUUGCUGUUUGAACUGACUUGACAUGAAGCACUGACUCGCUGUUUGCUACAGUAUUGUAUCCAGCAGGUUUCUUCAUUUUCAAGAAUGCGCUCAACUGCAUGUAUUAUCAAGAAAAUUCUCUAUGCAUCACCAAUUGUUAAACUAUGUUUGCUCAGGCUUUGGUGAUCUGCAAAGCACUGCCUCAGUUUUGUUUCGAACUGAUAAUUUUUUUUUUUGUCUAAACUGUUUAAUUGUAGUAUCUCUCUAUAGUUAAUUGCUUGUAAUUAUCAUCUUUUUAAUUUCCCAUGUAGAACUUUGCAUUUGCUAUGAAAAAAUAUACGAUGCGCUUUUGUCUGCUCACUCUCAAAGACAUUUAUUCAUUAAAUACAAUGCGG